UGCUGAAUGGUUUGCAGUGUAUGUGUGCAAAUCAGAAGAGAUGUUUUGUGCAAUUAAGGCCCUCUUGAAAUGCAAGAAAUCCAAAGGAAAAAGAAGGAUUUUUCAGCUGAUCAGUGGUGGUUCUAUUGUCAGUGCUGAGGCAGUAUGGGAUCACGUCACCAUGGCCAACCGGGAGUUGGCAUUUAAAGCAGGAGACGUUAUCAAGGUCCUGGAUGCUUCCAACAAGGACUGGUGGUGGGGUCAGAUUGAUGAUGAAGAAGGAUGGUUUCCCGCCAGCUUCGUAAGGCUAUGGGUGAACCAAGAAGACGGAGUAGAGGAAGGAACCAGCGAAGUACAGAAUGGCCAUUUGGAUCCAAGUGCCGACUGCCUCUGCCUUGGCAGAACCCUUCAGAACCGAGACCAGAUGAGAGCUAAUGUAAUCAAUGAAAUCAUGAGCACAGAGCGCCAUUAUAUCAAGCACCUCAAGGACAUUUGUGAGGGUUAUUUAAAGCAGUGCCGGAAGAGGAGAGACAUGUUCAGCGAUGAGCAGUUGAAGGUCAUAUUUGGCAACAUUGAAGAUAUCUAUAGGUUUCAGAUGGGUUUUGUCCGGGACUUGGAGAAACAGUAUAACAAUGAGGACCCCCACCUCAGUGAAAUUGGACCUUGCUUCCUGGAACAUCAAGACGGGUUCUGGAUCUACUCAGAGUACUGUAACAAUCACUUGGAUGCAUGCAUGGAGCUCUCCAAGCUGAUGAAAGAUGGCAGGUACCAGCAUUUCUUUGAAGCGUGUCGUCUGUUGCAGCAGAUGAUUGAUAUUGCCAUAGAUGGUUUCCUUUUGACACCAGUGCAGAAGAUCUGCAAAUACCCCUUGCAGCUGGCAGAGUUACUGAAGUACACCGCGCAGGAUCACAGUGACUACAGGUACGUGGCUGCUGCACUUGCAGUCAUGAGAAACGUGACUCAACAGAUCAAUGAGCGAAAACGGAGACUGGAGAACAUUGACAAGAUAGCUCAGUGGCAGGCCUCAGUCCUGGACUGGGAGGGAGAUGACAUCCUGGAUCGGAGCUCCGAGUUGAUUUACACAGGGGAGAUGUCCUGGAUUUACCAGCCGUAUGGACGGAACCAGCAGCGCGUUUUCUUCCUCUUCGAUCACCAGCUGGUUCUCUGCAAAAAGGACCUGAUACGAAGAGAUAUCCUAUACUACAAAGGUCGCAUUGACAUGGAUAAAUAUGAGGUGGUGGAUAUAGAAGAUGGGAGAGAUGAUGACUUCAACGUCAGCAUGAAGAAUGCCUUUAAACUUCAUAACAAGGAGACUGAUGAAAUGCACUUAUUCUUUGCCAAGAAGCUGGAAGAGAAAUUGCGAUGGCUGAGAGCUUUCAGAGAAGAAAGGAAGAUGGUACAAGAAGAUGAAAAGAUAGGCUUUGAAAUUUCUGAAAAUCAAAAGCGACAAGCGGCAAUGACAGUAAGGAAAGUCAGUAAGCAAAAAGGUGUCAGCUACUCCAGGUCGGUUCCUCCAGCCUACCCGCCACCCCAGGAUCCAUUAAAUCAGGGACAAUACAUGGUGACAGAUGGCAUAUCCCAGUCCCAGGUCUUCGAAUUCACCGAACCCAAACGCAGUCAGUCACCAUUCUGGCAAAACUUCAGCAGGACAUGCAAGAAUUGUCUGGAUGGGGCGCCAGUAUGUCAGGAUAGCAGACACACCAGAAUCAGCACCAGCCUCUACAGUCCCAGUUCAACAUCCUCCAAUGCAAAACAAUGCAUGAGCGAUUACUUCAUAAAGAAAACAUAAGAGUCCUGAAGAGGUGCUUCGAACAUGGACAUCUGGUUCUGAAGUAGACAUCACUCCCUGCCACCCCACCCCCUGCCCUUCUGCCAGAGAAGAAAGUUGUUAACAGGAUUUUGGGAAAAGAGGAAAAAAAGGGAUACAUGUGGCUCUAAUUCUUAUUCUGUCUGUGGUCCCAAUUGUUGUAGUGUACUAGUGCCUCACAAUUUUCUAUUUAUUAUCCUCACAACCCCUGUGAGGCAGGGAUUCUCUGUUCUCUCUGUUUUACAGAAUGGGAGCUAAGGGGGCAGAUUUUAAAAGGCAUUUAGGCACCUGGCAAGACUUUUGGAAGAGUCUAGGUGCCUAGUUCCCAUUUAACUCGAUGGGAGUUGGAUUUCAAUGGAAAUUAAUUGCCUUUGAGAAUCUGCAUUUAAGUGACUUGACCAAGGUCACACACAAGUCCACAGAAGAGCAAGGAAUUGAGUGUUCCACCCUGGUCUUCUAAGUUGCAAAUUAACAUCCUAAUCAUUCUGUUAUCCGCUCGUCAUUACUGUUAGGACAAUCACUUCUAUAAUGGAGUUUAUGGGUACAUCUUGGCUUUGUUUACCUUUAUAACAGUUGAGAAGCAUUUCUUUGGAUAUGAUUUGUCAAGCUAUGCAGUAGAACAUGUACUGGUAUGGUGUUGUGUAUAAACGAAUCUGAUCUGCACAGCAUUGAGGUUCACGGGAGCUUUUCCAUUGGUUUCAAAGGGAGAGGGAUUGUGCCUUUAGCAAAAUCUGCCCUAAACAGUCAUGCAUAAGGGUCUAGGGAACAAAAUGUCUUAUGGUAGCAGAGUGGGAACCCCUAACUCACAUAGAAUGGGACAGAAGAAUGUUUUGCAAUGAGUUGUCUCAUUUUAAUCAAUGGGACUUCACAAAAGUAGGUAGUCAGUGCAACUAGAGCAUGCGGUGACAGAAUCAAGCCCGUGGUGAAGAUUGGGCCAGAUUCUUCUUUCAGGUACAACUAGUAUAAACUGGAGAAACUCCCUUGACUACACCAGCGUUACUCCAGAUUUAUACCAGAUAUAACUGAAGACAGAAUUUGACUCAUGCUUUAACUAAUGCUUGGAACAACAACAUUGGUGCAGUGACCUGGUAAAUACUUGAAGGUACUUUGAUGUGGUCAUUUUAAGCCUAGGACUUUUCUACUGAAGAUACCAUUAUUGGUGCAGGGUGGAUUGGUUGAUGCUACACUGUGUUUUCUGUAGAUGGUAUUUUCAUUAACUUCAACAGGAGUGGUAGUCCAGUACAGAAUUUGCCAUUUCCGUCUGAAUGCCAGAUUGCUCCAAACAGAUGGUAGGGUUCCCUUAUGUAUAGCAAUGGAAGAAAAGGUUUAGCUUUCCAUUUCUCAUGGCAGAUUUCAAACGGAGAAGGUUGAAAAUGAGAUGGGUUUAUCUAUUCUACUUCAACUGAUCCUUCUUAUUGCGUCUGCUACAAGGUGUCUAAUUCUGGAGUUGAUUUAAUCAGGAAUGGUGCUUGACACUAGAAAAACAGAGUAGCCUAGCAAAAUAUGAGAAAUCCAGAGAUCAUAUGAACAAGUAUCAUACCUGGAGAGAGAGAAUUUAGUUUGAAACAGGACUGUACAAAGAAGAGAGAAUUAAAAGAAACAGUGCCAAAUUAACUCUCUGAUGGAGCCCUGGCAAGCUGAUUUGGAAAGACUUUUUAUCUCACCAGACUCCACGGAAUAAAAGAAACAUUCCCUCACAGGAUUCACCAGACAAGCUCUAUUCAUCCCACAAUAGGAAGUUUUUGAGAGUUGUGGAGUUUCUUCGGACACGCGGUCUGAGGAUUCUGAGGAUAGAAGAACAUCUUCAACAAAUUACCUCAAAAAAGUCAUGAUCAUUACCUGGGUGAAUAUACACUGAAAAUAUUCAAAUUCUUGGGAACAUGAUCAACAAGGAAAUUAUUUCUGCUUUGAAACCUGCCAAGAGUUAUCCUAUUACACUUGACUGCAUCUAAGCCAUUAGUAAACGAGAGCAAAUGCCACUGAUUGUUAGAUCUGUUUGUGUGGAAGACACAAUGGAAACCAGGCAGAGAGACAAUCCAAAAACACUUUGUUGGGUUUUUGAGCAUGACAUACUCCACUGACAGUAGAAUGACAGAACCUCUUCUUGAACAGUCAAAAGAAAUGGAGAUUUCAUUCAGUGAUCUGAGUGGUCAAGGCUAUGGUAGUGGGACAACUAUGAAAGGCAAACAGUGGAGAGAAUUUGGGACUUUAGCAAGAGAGCAUUUUUUUCGGUCCUGAACAAUGUGCUUUCUUUUAAUCUUGUAUUCAACAUUGGUGCAAGUUAUUGCAUUGAAGUUGCAGUACUUUUUUAUAUGGAUCAAAGCAUUUGUGGGGGUUUCCACAGUCUCACAGUAACUUUAGGAUGUUAUGCACCAACAUGCGAUUAACCUAUUUCCAAAACCUUUAAGUGAAACAACAAGGGAUAGCCAAAUUGAUGGGAUCCAUGUAUUUUGGUGCCAACUUUCAGAAGUCUAUGAUACUUCAUUAUCCAUUGCCAAGACUUUAAACCUAAAGGGACCCACAGCAGCCAAAACUCAAAGCAAUACUGCAUUGUUGGCUCACAAAAUCUGUAAUUUGAAAUCUUUGCACAGUGUGGUACUUCAGUAUGAUAUGCCCUAUGAAGGCAGCACCACCCAUAAAAUGCUUAAGACAACAAUGUAAAUUCUGAUCAAACUAUGACUUGAAGGAUUUCCUUGUAAACUACCACUGUGAUAAAGGACUCACAUGCAUCCUUACUGAUGCUAAGAAACUGGCCAAUGAGCUGGAAAUUGAAGCUUUCCACAAGAAAAAUCAAACAGAGUAUGAACCCAAAAAAGCGAAUGUUUUAUUAUGAGGCCAGAGAUGAACCACUAACUAAUCUAGGAAACAACUGUAAAGUCAUUUUUCUUCUGUUAUGUUUAAGAUACUGUCAUUGGUCAUUUGAAGAGCACCACAAGCUGCUUGCCAAGGUGAGGGAGAGGGUUGCUAUUAUUUCUCUAAAACAUCAAAGGUGCCCUGCAAAGAACUGCAACAGCCAUGCUUUGUUUUAAGAAGGGCAUUAGAUGAUGAUCAGCUUGGUGCAGCAACAUCCUCUCACAUUAAUGCCCUGGAUCUUUGCAGUGGAUUUCAAGGUCUUGGCAGACAGCUGAAACCUAGAAUAAGCCCAAAAGUCACAUUGGAGUUUCUAUGCAAAAAUAAGUUUUUGUCCUCAUUUCCAAAGAUAUCUAUUGCCAUCAAGAUUCUGAGAACGUUGGCUGUGUCUGUCUGAAGCGGAGAGCAGCUUUCAGAAACAUAGAAAGAUAUACCUGCAUUCUGUGAUGGCUCGGUCUUGCCUUGUGUGCCUUGCUUUAAUUUCAAUUGAAAGCCAAACUUCAGGGAGUAGUUUCCUGUGCAGACAUCCCUUUACACAUCUUUGUGUUCUCCCAAUUCUGGACCAGCAGGUUUAACCUCUAGCUUAUUUUAGUAUAAUCUAAGAACUACUCUAAACAUAUGUCUGUGUGGCAAAAUAAAGGUUGAUCACAACAUGUGGUAAUAUAUCUAGCUAGCACGGGUAAGGAUAGCAGUAAAGACCCAGCAGCAUGUGCUUUAGCACAAGUUAGCAACCACGGGGUCUCUGAAGAGCUUAUAACCUGGUACUAGCACAUAUUUAAAGUCUAUGCUGCUGCAUCCUCACUGCUAUGUUACUCAUUCCAGCUUGGUAGGUAAGUACAAGCUAUGGUCAGGUCAUGCCUUCAUUUUGCUGUGUAGACAUGCUACAAACUGUUUCAUUGACUAGUGGUCACCAAAUGCCCUGCUCCACAUGCCCAACUGUGCCCAGCUGUGGCUGUAGGUGAUGAAGAUAAAGUGCCAAAAGGCCAUUUAAGAAUUCCUACAUGAGGGAAAGUCUGGAAGAGAAGGAGUUGGGGUAUCUGAACCAAAUGAGCUGGACAGGUGGGGAAGGCAGAAGAAUCAGAGAGAAAAGUAAAGAAAUGAGCAGGGAAGAGAGACUAGUUAAGCAAGAGGAGAAGACAGAUGGGAGGAAUGGCAAGCUGACUUGUCCAUGGUCUGGGUGGGCAAACUUGCUAUUAGGCAAAGCUUGAUUCUAAUCUCACACUUCUGUAUAUCCAGUUACUCCAGUGAGGGAAGCCUAGUUCAACCACUACAAAAAUCCUAGUGCAACUAGAUUUGAGUGAGCUGAGAACUGAAUUUGCAGCACUGCUACACAAACCAAGUUCAAAACUCCCAUGGACAUCAAUGGAAGCAAAGGGGGGGGUGGGGCAUGUACAGAACAAGCCCGUGAGAUCUGCACUGUACUUCAAUUACUAGACCCAGGAAAGGACAUCAGGGCUCCUAGCUACUAUUCCCAGGCCUGCCACUAGUUUGCAUGAUGACCCUGGGCAAGUCAUCAAAGGCCUCAUGCUAGAUUAAAGAAUGACUCCAGCUCCCACUGGCAUAGCUACAAGUUGUGAUGCUCACUUCCUCUGCCAAUAGGCCAUGAGUAUUUUUUCCUGCCUCUGUUUACAUUAUCUGCCCUCCCUUCCACACCUCCCCUCCCCCUCCCCCCCCCAGCCCCUG